AUGUCAAAUCUUCAAUCGUGGCCUGAUCUGGUUGGUGAGUCAGUUGAUCAAGCUGUUGCAGUAAUUAAAAGUCAAAAUCCGCAUUUGAAUGUGAUUCCAGUACCAGAAAAUUCACCGGUAACAAUGGAUUUUCGACAGGAUCGUGUACGUGUCUUCUUUGAUAAUUAUAACCAAGUUUCAUCGGCACCAAGAGUUGGUUAA